AGAUGGUUCUGCUAGAUUUAAUUUCGGUAAUUCUUCCGUACUUUGUUCAAUAAAUGGUCCAGCUGAAGUUAAAUUACGAGACGAAAAAUUGGAUAAAGCUACCAUUGAUGUGAUUGUUAGACCUUUAGUUGGCACAACAGGGACAAAGGAUAGAACUCAUGAAUAUAUUUUACGUUCAACAUUUGAGAAUGUUAUUCAAGCCGGAUUACACCCAAGGACACAAAUUCAAAUUGUUUCACAAGUGAUGAUGGAUGAUGGAAGUAUCGUGGCAGCUGCAAUAAAUGCAACUACGAUCGCUUUAAUCGAUGCAGGAAUUCCAAUGAAAGAUCUCGUUGCGGCUGUUUCUUGC